AUGGGAGCCAACUAUCUGGCUGUCGUCGCCAGGGAACCAGGCAAAUAUCUCGACAAAAUUCGACAACUUCGACAAGUCCAACCUCUUUGGAGUGUGACUAUAAAUAAUGGGAGCCCACUACCUGGCUUUCGCCGCCAAGGAACCAGGCAUAUCGACAUCACGCCAGUAGGCUAG